GCGGGUCCCGCCGGGAGGAGGCGACGGGCGGCGCGGGCGAGGACAGGCCGCCUGCCAUGGACGCGGAGUACUACGGCGGCGACCAGUCAGCAGAUGAUGGUGGUGCUACCCCAGUACAGGAUGAACGGGAUUCAGGGUCAGACGUUGAGGAUGAUGUAAAUGAGCAGCACUCCGGAUCAGACACUGGAAGUGUAGAACGUCAUUCAGAGAACGAACCAAGUGAUCGAGAAGAUGUCCUCAACCAAAGGCGCCGUGCGCCAGACUCUGACAACGAUGACCCCGCACAUCUUAAUGCCAGUGACUCUGAGAUUGAGGAGCUGCAUAGGCAGAAGGACAGUGACUCUGAAUCUGAAGACCACGCAGAGCCUCCUGCAAGUGAUUCCGAGAAUGAGGAUGCCAAUCAGCCUGGGAGUGACUCUGAGAGUGAGGAGCCCAGGAAAUUACCUGCCAGCGACUCAGAAAAUGAGGAACUUCUUAAUGGUCAUGCAAGUGACUCUGAAAAUGAAGAUGCUAGAAAGCAUCCUGCCAGUGAUUCAGAGAUUGAAGAGCUCCCCAAAAGUCCUGCUAGUGACUCUGAAACGGAGGAUACUCUGAAACCUCGAAUCAGUGACUCCGAGAGUGAGGAAGCUCCAAGGCACCAAGCCAGUGACUCUGAAAAUGAAGAGCUUCCCAAACCUCGAAUUAGUGAUUCUGAAAGUGAGGAGCUUCCCAAGCCCCGUGUCAGUGACUCAGAAAGUGAGGAUCCCCCAAGGCACCAAGCCAGUGACUCUGAGAAUGAGGAGCUUUCCAAGCCUCGUAUCAGUGACUCAGAAAGUGAGGAUCCCCCACGGCAUCAACCUAGUGACUCAGAAAAUGAAGAGCUUGCCAAACCGCGUAUCAGUGACUCAGAAAGCGAGGAUCCCCCGAGGCACCAAGCCAGUGACUCUGAGAAUGAGGAGCUUCCCAAACCCAGGAUUAGUGAUUCGGAAAGUGAGGACCCCCCAAGGAACCAGGCCAGUGAUUCUGAAAAUGAGGAGCUUCCCAAGCCCCGAGUCAGCGACUCUGAGAGUGAGGAGCCUCAGAAAGGACCUGCCAGUGAUUCAGAAACUGAGGAUACCUCCAGACACAAAGAGAAACCAGAGUCAGAUGACAGUGAUGGGGAGAAUAAGGGAGAGGAUGCGGAAAUGCAGAAUGAUUCCUUUCAUUCAGAUACCCACAUAGACAGGAAGAGAUUUCACAGUUCUGACAGUGAAGAGGAAGAACCCAAAAGGCCAAAAAUUGACAGUGAUGAAGAUGAAGAAAAAGAGCAGGAGGAGAAAGCAAAGCGGAAAGCUGCCGUGCUUUCUGAUAGUGAAGAUGAGAAAGCAUUGGCAAAGAAGAGUCGCGUUGUUUCUGAUGCAGAUGACUCUGACAGCGAUGUUACAUCAGACAAAUCAGGCAAAAGAGAGAAGACUGUGGCUUCUGACAGUGAAGACGAUGCAGGGAAAGAAGAGUUGUCUGAUAAGAAAAAUGAAGAGAAGGAUCUGUUUGGGAGUGAUAGUGAGUCCGGGAAUGAAGAAGAAAAUCUUAUUGCAGACAUAUUUGGAGAAUCUGGUGAUGAAGAGGAAGAAGAAUUUACAGGUUUUAACCAAGAAGAUUUGGAAGAAGAGAAAAGUGAAACACAUGUGAAAGAAGCAGAAGAUUCAGAUUCUGAUGAUAAUAUAAAAAGAGGGAAACAUAUGGACUUCCUGUCAGAUUUUGAGAUGAUGCUACAGCGGAAAAAGAGCAUGAGUGGCAAACGCAGACGCAACCGUGACGGAGGCACUUUCAUUAGUGACGCCGACGAUGUUGUGAGCGCCAUGAUUGUCAGGAUGAAUGAAGCUGCUGAGGAAGACAGACAGUUGAAUAAUCAAAAAAAACCAGCACUGAAAAAAUUAACAUUGUUACCUACUGUGGUCAUGCAUCUUAAGAAGCAGGACCUAAAAGAAACAUUUAUUGACAGUGGUGUGAUGUCUGCCAUCAAAGAAUGGCUUUCACCUCUACCAGAUAGGAGUUUGCCAGCAUUAAAGAUUCGAGAGGAGCUGUUGAAGAUUCUGCAAGAGCUACCUAGUGUGAGCCAGGAGACCCUGAAACAUAGUGGGAUUGGACGAGCAGUGAUGUAUCUCUAUAAACAUCCCAAGGAAUCAAGGUCCAACAAGGACAUGGCAGGGAAAUUAAUCAAUGAGUGGUCUCGCCCUAUAUUUGGUCUUACCUCAAACUACAAAGGAAUGACAAGAGAAGAAAGGGAGCAGAGAGAUUUAGAACAAAUGCCUCAAAGACGAAGAAUGAGCAGCACUGGUGGUCAGACUCCCCGGAGAGACCUGGAGAAGGUGCUGACAGGAGAGGAGAAAGCUCUUCGACCUGGAGAUCCUGGAUUUUGUGCCCGUGCAAGGGUCCCAAUGCCCUCAAACAAGGACUAUGUUGUCAGGCCAAAGUGGAAUGUGGAAAUGGAGUCAUCCAGGUUUCAGGGGACCUCCAAGAAGGGCAUCAGUCGACUGGAUAAACAGAUGAGAAAGUUCACAGAUAUCAGGAAAAAAAGCAGAUCUGCACACGCAGUGAAAAUCAGCAUCGAGGGCAAUAAAAUGCCGUUGUGACCUUGCCUGGGUUAUGUCCCUGUCUCUCAGAAAUGCGCAAUGGACUCUGGAGAAAGAAGAUAUUUUAAAAAAAUUUUUAGUGUAUCUGUAAAUGUUUAUGCUUGUAUCAGAUGUUGUCAUAGGACUUGGAUUUCUCUCAGUGGUAUUUAAAACCGUUUGUUGUGUACUUUGUACAGAGGAAUACUAGUCAUACUUCUAUAAACUUUACACAAUAAAAUUCCGUUCUGGUUUUGGGGGGCUGUCUCUUCAUUGUCUUGGAAAGGGUGAAAACUGUCUGAGUGAAAAGAAAAAACUUAGAAAUUGCAAUGGUUUAUGACCCUUCUGUUUUUAAUCCUACUCAACUGGUAUACAAAAUUUGGGCUCUGUCCUAGGUUUUGGACAUGGAGCUUCUAAAAUCCUUUUUGACUUCCUGGACGACAGUAUUGUUUUUGUGAUGCUAAUGAAGUCUCAUGCUAGACCCCUCCCUGCGUAGCUUUAGUAGGGCAUUAGUGACCAGAAAGACCUACCACAUAAGGUUAAGACUUGGGGCAGUCCUGACCUGUGGGAGCGGGAAAUCUUGGAAGUUACUCAGUUGUGCCACCAGUGGUUUAAUCAUUGACACGAGUGGGCAGGCCCAAAUUAAAAACUCUGAACACUGAAGUUUGGUGGAACUCCUGAUUGGUGAACAAACAUGCUAACCAGGGUGACAUGCCUUGAUUCCACAGAGGGUGUGGUAGCUCGUGAGCUUGCCCCACACCUUUGCCCUGUGUGUCUCUUCACUUGGUUGUGAGUCCUACUUUGAGUCCUUUAUAAUAAAACUAACCCUAAAUAUAGUGCUCUCCUGAAUUCUGUGAGUCAAUUUAGUGAAUUCUGAAACCUGAGGAAACUCUCGAAUUUGUAGCCUGUCAGUCAAAAGUGGGAGUUUGAGCUUACCACGUGAGGCUGGCAUCCAAAAGUGUGGCCUGCCUAAUGGAAGACCCAGCCCUUAAACUUGUGGAGUCUCUGAAUUUGUGGUGGUUGGUGGCAGAAUUGAAUCACAGUAUUCUAGUUGAGGUUAAGACCAGAUACCAGCAAAAUCCUAGUAUUUCUCUUGUUAGGAAAACUCCAUUUGAUUUGAAUAAAGUUUUCUCUUUGGUGGGUGCUAUAAUGAAAAGAAGGUUGAGAAAUGUUGUCUUAAAGGAGAUAGGAAUAGAGUUGAAAAUCACUAUACCAGUUUAGAGCAGUUGGAGUAGAGAUAAGAAUUAUGGCUUACAGCUACAUUGUACUAUUUUUGUGAUGCUUUCUAAUUAAUUUGCAGAUUUAAUUGUGAACAAUCUGAUUAGUCAAAAUGACUAAAUGCAAGAAAAUUUCAUAGUACUUUUCAAUGUAGAAUCCCCUGAUACGUAUUUGGAUAGAGAUCUGGCAACCUUGAUUUUCAAAAAAAAAAAAUGAAUCUUACUGCCCAUAAAAGCUUUUGAACAACCAAGAUAGCAUGACGUUCACUCCUGCUGUUUUUAUUCAUGAUCUUAGAAUCUUUUCACAUUUACUUUCAACAAACUUAAAAGCACAAAUGUGACACUCAGGCCCGUUAGCGCAUCAGGUGAUCACUAACUGCUUGAGGGAGAUGGCACAGCAACUUCCCUGCACUGUCCUGCUCCAUAGAAAUGCCAUCACAGCCACUUGUGAGAACAACAAAAAAAUAAGCCAUUUAUAAAAGCAGCUGAUGGUGACUGAUAAUUAAAAAUUCUGAAGAAAGGUAAGAAAGUGCUUUUUAAAGCAUUAAAGUUAACUAAUAACAUUUUGGCAUUUAAUGAGAUAUGCUCCAGUUAUCUGAAAAUUUAACCUAUUACUUGGUGGUGCCAAGUAAUAAGGUGAUAAUUGUACCUGAGGAAUUCAAAAUUAGAUUUUCCUUAAGAAAAAAGUAUAAGCAAUCCUGGUUGUAUGGCUUAUUUAGAAAGUCUAAAACUUGGCCAGCCAAAUCAACUUUCACAAAUUUUUCGAAAAUAUUUCCAAGUUAACAAUAGUGAAAAGCCCUGUACUCUUCAUCUGUAUUUACCAAAUGUUACCAUUUUGCCACAUUUUAUCACAUGAGUAAUUUGCUGCCAAGUUACCUCUUGAUCAUAUUAAGCAUAUUUCCCCCAAAAACAGCUUUAUUCCAUGGUGAUAUUAACUUUGACCACUGGGGUAGAGUGAUGCAAGCUCACCUUUUCAGUUUCAAAACAUUUUGAAUUGCAACUUACUUUUAUUUUGAAUUAUAAAUAUGUAAAAUACAUAAAAGUUGCCAUCUUUUCCACAGCAAAUGACAUUCAGUUGUGCAGCCAUCGCAACCCUCCAUCUCCAGGUGUCUUCAUUAUGCAAAAUUGAAAGUACCCAGUAAACACAAACUACCUUCCCCUCUCCUCCCAACCCUGACAACCACCUAUUUUUUUAAUCUGAUUUGUACUGUUAACAGGUGUCUCAUGUGAACUCAUUUUUUUUUGGACUGGCUUUUUCCACUUCAUAACAUUCUCAGGCUUCAUAUUUGUUGUAUGUAUAAGAAUUUCCUCCCAUUUUAAAGCUGAAGGAAUAACUCUACUGCAUGUAUGUAUGUUUUGUAUCCAUGCCAUUUCCACUGUCAUGAAGAUUCCCCCAGUGUUUUCUUCUAAGAGUUUUAUAGCUUUAACUCUUGUACAUCUUUGAUCCAUUUACUUUGUGAAUCAACUGUUGAACUCAUUUUUCUUGCAUGUGGAUAUCCAAUUUUCCCAGCACUUUCUUGAAAAAACUUCAUCACUGAAUGGUCUUGGCAACUUUGUCAAAAAUCACUUGACCAUAUAUGCCUGGUUUCAUUUCUGGACUCCAUUCCAUUGAUUUUUGUGUCUAUACAACACUAGUUUGACUACUGUAGUAAAAUUUUUGAUGAUGUGGUAAAAAUUUGUAUAGCAAAUUUUGAAAUCAGAAAAUGAGUCUUCCAACUUUGUUCUUUAGGCUAAUUUGGGAGGGCCCUUGAGAUUUUAUAUCAAUUUUUGGAUGGAUGAUUCUUUUUGCAAUAGAUACAUGUUGGAAUUUUGAUACGGAUAGCAGUGAAUCUAGCUCAUUUUGGGUAGUAUUGACAUCUUAACUCAUGAGCACAGAUGAUACCUUUAGUUCCAACAUUUUGUCAUUUUUCAGGAUACAGUCUUUCACCUCCUUGGUUAAGUUUAUUUCCAAAUAUAUUUUUAUUAUUCGUAGUAUUGACUUUGCUGAAUUCUUACAAGCGGUGUGUGUGUGUGGUGGGAGAUCUUUGGGCAUUUUAUAUACAAGGUCACACCUAUUCCUUUUCAA